AUGUCAUUUUUCACACAGGGCGCCUUUCAUUCAUUUGGGAUUUAUUUGGUACAAUUUGAGUAUACCCACUUCUCCAGGCACCACUACACCAUUUCUCCCAUUCAACUGUGCCUCCACGAGCGGGACUUUGAAGUGGGUAAGUCCACCACCUCCAACAUCAUAGACGAGGACAUUAUGGGUAGCCGCAAAGUCAUCAUGGAAGUGUUGCGCCACUUCAUCAACAGCGCAUGGUGUCGCUUUGAGUUUGAUGUAGCUCAGUCCUGGCUGGUGCUGAAGGGCAACCCUAUCAUCACCAUCAUCAUCAUCAUACUGGGGGAUGUGGAGAAGAGGACCAAGAAAAUGUUUGAGCUCCACAAAUACUUGAAGAGGAACACUUACCUGAAAUGGAGGGACAACCCCAUCAGCAGCAUGAGAUUCUGGAGUCACCACAGGAAGGCUGUCAUCUCAAAGACACGAUAAACUGGUUCUGCAUGUCAUCAUUUUGUGUGUCACAUGCUCAGAUAUUGAGAAGUGAGUAUUUUAAGUUCCUAACCCUUUACUUAGGUUAUACAUUUAACAUCAAUUAAUUGUAUAAUUACUUUGUUGAUACAAGAGAUUAUUCAGUGAUACAGUGCUUUAUAUCAGACUGUACUCACUGCAGUACUGCACAUAUGUACCUCAAUUUUGUAAUUUGUUGACUUAAGACAAUGUGAUUGUAAAAAGGCAUGACUGCAGCUUUUAUUAUUCUUCUCUACAUAUAUUCACGUGGUCCAACUGCAUU